AUGUUUCCGUUGCAAAGAUUGGUAAAAAGUCUUCAAUUGAUCAAACGAGGGGAAAUCGAACCUUAUUUUGAUGGUUUACAAUCCCGUAAAAGAUAUGCAAAGUUUUGGGAUGGAGUUAAAUAUGAUCCCGAAGUUAUAAAAUUUCAGAGUUCUCAAACAUCGAGAACCGGUGCGUCGAUGAUGGCAUUUUCUGAAGGAUUAUUUAAUGGCAAAGGUCCUUUAGAUACUUGUAAAAGUCAGCAUAUAUACUAUUGGACUGCACCAUUGACUCUUGCACCAAUUGCCAAGCGAAUUUCCGAAGAAUUCAACAUUAGCCCACCUCUUAAUUCAAGUCUAGUACCAUACAUUUUUAAUAAUUGCCAAUUUUGGCUCACAGUUUUUAAUCGAACUGACGCAUGGUGUUCACUCUUAAGUCCUAAAGAACUUUUAUUAUCACGAUAUUAUUGGGAUAUAAUCGAUUAUCAUCGAUUAUCAUAUGGUCAUCCUCUCAAUACUCGACUGGGCUGUAGAUACCUUACUCAGCUUGUAAACGGAGUUGAUGAUUAUUUAAAUGGAAAUUCUAGUGUGAUUGCUGAUUUAAAGAAUGCUCAUGAUAAGUACCCACUUACGGCAAAUUUAACCUUUGAACAAAUUAAAGAAGUUAAAUAUACAGAAUAUACACUUAUACACUGGUCUUCUACGCUUUAUUUCGAAGUUUAUACGUGUUCCGAUGAUCAC